CAAGUGAGACGUGUACUUUUCGCAUUAAUGUCAUUGAUUGUCAAAGUGUUCUAUAAAAUAUAGAGUAAAAGUUUUUUAAAACAUAAGGAUUACGCCUAAAGCAAGUAUUACAGGUAAAGUUUAAGUAAUUUCACCAGGUAGCAAAGUGUCUGAAGUGAUUGGGGGAUUUAAUUAAAACCAUCAUAGUGCUAUCGAGGAUGCAAUGCCUGCAAGAAGACGCCACACUGGCUCUGAAUUAGAGCCUUUUAUAGUAAUUCCAGAUAGAAGGGAAUAUCAACAGAAUGUAACACAAGAUUAUUAUAUAGAAGAAGAUCAUAUUGAAGAUUAUAUAGAACCAGAACCAAUCAUGACCGCCCGUGAUAGAACCAACGAAUUUGUUAACACCAUUCAAUCACUGCAAGGCAGGAACAUUGCCAGAGCAGUUGCAAUCAGAGAUCCCCGAAAAUCAAAGGUUAUACAGAGUCACUCUGAGUUUAUGCUCAUUGCUCGCAAUGUGGGAAAAAAUAUUGCAAGUACAUUUUCCAAACUGGAGAAGCUUACUUUAUUGGCAAAAAGAAAGUCCUUAUUUGAUGAUAGAUCAAUGGAAAUUCAAGAGCUAACAUAUAUCAUUAAAGGUGAUUUAAGUAGCUUAAAUCAUCAAAUUGCACAACUGCAAGAGUUAUCCAAGAGGCAAAGGCAAAGUGCUUCUGGAAAGCAUUUACAGUCGCAUUCCAGUUGUGUAGUGUUAGCGUUGCAAUCCAAACUUGCAACAAUGUCUACUGAUUUUAAACAAAUUUUGGAAGUUAGGACAGAAAAUUUGAAGCAUCAGAAGAAUAGACGCGAUCAAUUUUCACACGGGAAUGUUAACAGUAGUUUACCUCCUUCUGUGGUAGGAAACAAUCAAGGAAGUGUUUUAAUGCAAGAGCAAGAUCAGGUGAGCAUCAAUCUGGAAAGUACAGCAUUGGUGCCCCAAAGGACUCAAAUGCAAGCAGCCUUGAUGUACGAUGAAACGGAUAAUUAUUUGCAAAAUCGAGCUGAAACUAUGCAAAAUAUAGAGUCGACAAUUGUUGAAUUGGGUGGAAUAUUCCAACAGUUAGCCCAUAUGGUAAAAGAACAGGAAGAAAUGGUCGACAGAAUAGACACGAACGUCCAAGACGCCGAACUCAAUAUCGAGGCAGCCCAUGCCCAGAUUUUAAAAUACUUUCAAUCGGUCACCUCGAAUCGUUGGCUAAUGAUUAAAAUAUUCGCAGUUUUAAUAUUUUUCUUUAUAUUCUUUGUAGUUUUUAUGGCUUAACAACUACACACCUGUAGGUUAAUGUAUAAUAAAAUUUAUAUCUUUCUAUUUACAUUGUUAUACAACUGAAAGAAUAUUUGAUUGGAUUAAAAUUGUUUAUGACAGCAAACGAUUUUGUAUAUU